AUGCUCAUCAAGGUCAAGACACUGACGGGCAAAGAAAUUGAGCUACAUGUCGAGUCAACGGACAAGAUUCUGCGCAUCAAGGAGCGCGUCGAAGAAAAGGAGGGUAUCCCACCUGCGCAGCAGCGCCUGAUUUUCGGCGGCAAGCAAAUGGCUGACGACAAGGUCGUCAAGGACUAUGGCAUCGAGGGCGGGACCGUUCUUCACCUGGUCCUUUCUCUUCGUGGCGGUAUGUAG